GGAAUCUGAUCGCAUAUUUUCUGGCUCCCUUUCUCGAAAGUUUGCCCCCGUUGCUUUUCCCCCUUGUUCAUGCAACUCCUUCGUCACCACUCAACGCUCUAUGGGCCAUGGAAACCGCCACGGAACCAUCAUCCGAUCUCCCAGCCGACGGCGGCCCUGAUCCCCAGACCGCCGCUCCCGCCGCCGCUGCCGCCGCCGCCGACGAUCAUGAUGACCUGCUCUCCGAGCUCGAGUCCGCCCGCGACUCGCUCCGGGACCUCCGAUCGAAGUCGGCGGCCAUGGAGGAGGACUUGGCUCUCGCCCAGCGGCAGCGAGACGAGGCGAUCGGCCGAGCCGCGAGCUUGAGCGAAACCGUGGAUGGCUUGUCCAGCGAGAGGGACUCGCUCCGCGGCAGGAUUAAGGAGCUGGAGGAUUUGGCCGCGGGGAGAGAAGAGGAGUCCGUGGCGAAGUUUGAAGAGGAGUUGAGGGAGAGGGAAGGGCUUAGGAUCGAGAUUGAAGUGUACAGAGAGAAGUUUCGCGGUUUGGAGGCGGAGAGGGAGAAGCAGAAGGAGUUCCUGCUGAGAAUCGCGGAUUCGGUAAAGGCGGUGAAGGAGAGCUUGGCGAAGAUAAUAGAGAGUUUGGAUGAUGGGAAGGCCGUCGAGAGAGAAGAAGACGAAAGCCUAGAUACGGGAGAAGAACUAGACCGAGAAUCGAGAUUGGCGCGGGAAGAAAUAUCGGAGGUCACAAGGCUCGUUGAGGUGGUGGAAUCAAAAGUCAAUGAUUACAAGGAAACUAAGAAGAAGGAGAGGAAGCAAUUGGAGAACAGCGUGGUGAGUUUGACGGAGGAAAACCGCGACAUCAGUAGCCUGUUGAGGAUUGCUCUCGUCGAGAAGGAGGCUGUGGAGAAGAGUUUGAACAAGUUGAGAGGGGGUAAUGAGCAGAAGAGGGUGGCACUGUUGCAAUUUGCUGAACGAGGGUUACACAGAGUCGGGUUCGGGUUUAUGAUGGGAAGUGGGAAUCCCGAACAACUGAUGGAGAGUUCGGGUGCAUCUAGUACUGGGAGUAAGUCAGAUGGUAGUGACUGUGAGGAGGAAGUCGUUAGUCUGGCUUCAACUGUAGAGACAAUAAUGAAGAACUUGAGGCAAGAAAUCACUCAGUUGAGGAAAUCUUUAGAGGAAUCAAGGUCAGAUACUGAGCGUCUGCAGAGCCUUACAAACAAACAAGCUCAGCAAAUCGCCGAAAACACACUGUACAUAAAAGAAUUGGAAGAACGAGAGAGGCUGUUAGCUCAAAGUGUUGAGGAGUUAUUGAACGAAAUUAAAGAAACUGAAGUAGAGGUUGCCAGGUGGAGAGAAGCUUGUGAGUUGGAAGUGGUAGCAGGGAAGCAUGAAAUUGAAGAACGUGAUAAAGUGGUCAUCAUUCUGAAGCAAGAACUGGAGAAGACCAAGGCAGCUCUGGACAUAUCAAAUGGCAAGCUAAAACUAAAAGAAGACCUUGCGGCUGCUGCAAUGGCUGCACAGGAGGCGGCAGAAAGGUCGCUUCAGCUGGCUGAUAGGAGGGCGGCAGGGCUCCGGGAGCGGAUAGAAGAGCUAACAAGACAGCUAGAAGGAGCGGAUGGCAAGGAAAAUAAGAACCGGCGAAGGGUUAGACAUUUUUGUUGGCCGUGGCGAAUCUUGAAGAUGAACCCCGCCAAUCCUGCGAACACUAGAUUCCCUAACGUGAGGAGGAUGCUCCCGGAAAUGCAAGCCUUGCUUCAUUCCAGUGCUUAACCAGCAGCUGUUCCCCGUAGAACCGAAUCACAAUCUCUACCAGGGAACUGCACCUACCAUAAGGAGUUCCCCGGUGUCUAAACCCUGGCUUCCUCUCUUUCACCAGCGUAGUGAUUUUUACACGCGUUUGCUGUCAUUGGUCUAUUUUUCUUUGCAUUUUCUCGCCUAUGGCUAGAAAUUUUUUUCUAGCACUACUGUUAUACGCGUUUGCUAUUCAUUGGUUUAUUUUUCUUUGUAUUUCUCCCCUGUGCCUAGAAUUUUAUUUAUAGCAUUACCCACUAACCAACAGUUCGGAGAGCACACGACGCUAAUUUUAUGUAAUUUAUGUAGAAAGCUUUCGUGGUACA